AUGUUGGAGCAUCUCACACCCUGGUAUCCGGACGCAGAGGUCCUCGGCGAAGGCGACAAGAUCAAGAUUGACGACUUGCGCAUCACUUUCAGGCGGACUAUCCGCGUCCCCGAUAAUCAUGAGAGUAGUGACCUGCCCCCAGAUAUGGGCAAAUUUCCACUCUACCAAGUCGACAAACAUGCCGAGAGACUCCCCAUCAAGAAAGAAGCUAUGUGGAUCGGAUUCGAGUCUCGACGACGCUAUGCGAUAAAGAUCUUUGUCGGUGGUAUCAACGCCAUCUCCGGCGAGCCAGCCGUCCCGAACGCCGCCACUUCGCUUCGUCGUCGCAACCUCAUCAAACAAAGGAAGUCUGUUCAGGAUUACGUUGUGGUCGGAAGCGAAGGCCAGAAGUGGCUAGAUGGUAUCGCAGUAGAGCCCGGGAAGGUCCGUCAGUUUGUCGCCAUGCCUGUUGGGACAGGCCACUCGGUUGAGGCUCAAAUGACGGGCCAGGAGACGACUGCAGGAAUUCAAUUCGAAAUCAGCCGACUUGACAUGAAGCCUGAUGAGUCGGGUCCCUCUGGAAUAAACCUCUCUGAGUUAGAAAUUCCUGAGGUAAAUGAUAGCAACAGGACGUCUGUUACAGUGAAAACGUUGACGGGCAAACAUAUCCCGAUCACAGCCUCACAUGACACCACUAUUUUGGGAAUGAAAUUCCUCAUCCAGCUCCGGGAGGGUAUGCCUACGGAUCAGCAACGUCUGAUAUUCGACGGUCGUCAGCUUGAAGAUGGCAAAACACUGAAGGAAUGCAACAUCACUGAUGGAUCUAAUCUCCAUCUAGUUCUACGUCUACGAGGCGGCUAUCUCCCACCAGAUCCAGAGAUGAGCAUCGCUGCGGGAGGUUUAAUCACUCAGAGCAUUGUCAGACUCCCACGAGGCGACUACAAGAAGACGGUUCCUGUCACCUUUAACGUCCAGGUCCUCAACAGUGCUAGCUUCAAACAUGUCACUGGCAAGAAGCCCCCUCGAUCACCCGUUUCCGCCAAGACCUAUGCCGACGCGGGGUAUCCCUUCUUUUCAAUGUAUGAAGAGUCAACCAUCAUCGCUGGUGAUUUCCAGGGUCUCAAGUCCAUCGCUCAGAUCGACAAAGUGGCUGAGCAGUCGAUGCCUGCCAACAUGCCUGUCAUCAACAUUGGCGCGGUUGGUCUCUUGAACCCGCGCGGUCCGGAACAAGAGCUGGAGCUCGAGUGGGAGCUGGAGCAGAGACUUGCGGCAAUUCGAACUGUUCUUUGA